UAUCUCUCAGUCCCUGACCGCCACAACCACUGCCAUCCAACCUUAGCGAAGCUCAAGCUAUCAGUUACCGCACUCUUGGCAGUGGCAGUGGAAGUCAGCUGCUUCAGUCAGCACCAGAGAUCCGCCAGUGCCUCACGAAUCGGCAUCGUAGGAGGAUUGUUGUUUGUUGGCUGACUAUUAGAGAUGUUGAAAUUAAUUUUAUUACUCACGAUAAGCGAGUGUUAUUUGACGGCUACUUUCGCUCAUCUACAAAACUAUCCAAACAACCCAGGUUUUGGAAGGCCAUCCAGACCAGGGUUUGGAGGCAGGCCGCCCCCUCCUCAAGGUUACGGAGGGUAUGAGGAGUCCGAUGGUUUCAUCUUCGAAGAAAACAUCAACCCCAAUAGACCGCCCGUGAACCCGAACCCCGUGAACCCGAACCCCGUGAACCCGAACCCCGUGUACCCGAACCCCGUGUACCCGAACCGACCGACCAGAAAUCCCAUGCAGGUCAUGUACAGCUGGCGGGAGGUGGACUUCACUUUUCCUAACCAGAACGCUAGAGACAACUUGAUUACAACUAAGCUGUUCAUUCCACGGAACAACCUGAUACUGGACGUGGACGUGUACGACGAACGACCUGGACAACCAAAGGUCUUUGUGACACUGCCUAGGGUGAGACCUGGAGUCCCUGUGACACUGGCAACUGUAACAUCCCAACGUAGGAACGGGUCUAACUUACUGGAACCCUUCCCUGACUGGCAGAGUAACACUCCGGGCAGCUGUGACACCAGUCUCACCUCUGUCUUCCGUACACAUAUUGAUGACUGCGGCCGACUGUGGGUGUUGGACAGCGGCAACAACAAUGCCUUUGGUGGAACUGCUAACCCCAGUCGCAUUGUGUGUCCUCCGCAGAUCGUCAUCUACGACCUCCGCAACAACAACCGUCUCGUCGGAAAGUUUCGCAUCCCCUCGUCGAUGAUCGAGAACAACACUCUUCUGGUGACUAUAGCCGUGGACACCCGCCAGAGAGAUUGCAGUGAUGCGUACGCUUAUAUCGCAGAUUCCAUUGCCUACAAGAUGAUUGUCUUCAACCUGCGUAAUCGACAGUUCUGGAGGAUCAACAGUAUACUCUUCUUCCCCUACCCAGACUACUCUACGUUCACGGUGAAUGGAGUCUCAUUUGAUCUCAUGGGCGGCAUUUUCGGUCUAGCUAUUGGACCUCCGUACAGGAACAACCGACGUCUCUAUUUCCACUGCAUCGACAGUGUGAAACAAUCCUGGGUAGAAACUGCGGACCUACGCAACCAGAGCCUAUGGCAGAACAAUAUGAACGCCGCUCCUCGUGCCUUCCAUCUCUUCAAUGGCACCAGGUCCAGUCAGUCUGCAGCUGCCACUAUGACCAAAGACGGCAUCAUGUUCUUUGGUCUCAUUGGGAGUAACGAGAUUGCCUGUUGGGACUCCCGUACCAGGUUCACCCGUAGUAACCUCGUCAGUUUAGCAAAGGAUGAUACAGCCCUACAAUUCAAUUCCGGCAUAAAGGUGUACGGGAACAAACUGUACGCUGCGACCAGCCGGCUACAGAACUACAUUACAAACCGUAUAUCUGAGAACGAGGACAACUACCGUGUGUUGGUGGGCGACCUGCAGGAGAUGACACGUGGCACCCAAUGCCAAGUAGAUUACAAACAGCAACCGCUUUAAUAUUGAUGAGUACGAACCUGAUUCGGAAAGCGUGGAUUUUCCUACCAACAUAAAUUUUAUCCCUUGAACCAUCAGCACUGCAUCUUGAUUUGCAAGCACCUCCACUGUUUGUUCAUGCCACCCAAAACUUUGAAAUGCUAAAUUGAAAGGUUGUACUUUAGCUGGUUAUUGAUGCUUUGUUUACAUUGCUGUUUUGUUCUUAGCGUUUGGUUUUAACUGUAAUUGGUAGCAAUUGUGUUUGCUUUUUAGAAUUGUAACUGUACAUCAUAUUGAGAGUGCAAGGAUAUUUUGCUAUAAUUUGCACUUAUAAUAGUUACUGCAUUGCUUGAGAAACUUUAAAACUAUUUUAUUACAAA